AUGCUGCACGUGGAGAUGUUGACGCUGCUGUUUCUCGUGCUGUGGAUGUGUGUGUUCAGCCAGGACCCGGGCUCCAAGGCCGUCGCCGACCGCUACGCCGUCUACUGGAACAGCAGCAACCCCAGGUUCCAGAGGGGCGACUACCACAUCGAUGUCUGCAUCAACGACUACCUGGAUGUCUUCUGUCCGCACUACGAGGACUCCGUCCCGGAAGACAAGACAGAGCGCUACGUCCUCUACAUGGUGAACUUUGACGGCUACAGUGCCUGCGACCACACGUCCAAAGGCUUCAAGAGAUGGGAGUGUAACCGGCCUCACUCUCCAAAUGGACCGCUCAAGUUCUCUGAGAAGUUCCAGCUCUUCACACCCUUUUCUCUAGGAUUCGAAUUCAGACCAGGCCGGGAAUACUUCUACAUCUCCUCUGCGAUCCCAGAUAACGGAAGGCGGUCCUGUCUAAAGCUCAAGGUCUUCGUGCGGCCAACAAAUAGCUGUAUGAAAACUAUAGGUGUUCAUGAUCGUGUUUUCGAUGUUAACGACAAAGUAGAAAAUUCAUUAGAACCAGCAGAUGACACCGUCCACGAGUCCGCCGAGCCGUCCCGCGGCGAGAACGCCGCGCAGACACCGAGGAUACCCAGCCGCCUGUUGGCGAUCCUGCUGUUCCUCCUGGCGAUGUUUUUGACAUUAUAGCACAGUCUCCUCCCGUCACCUGUCGCCGAGAACAUCAGGGUCUUGGAACGCCAGAGAUCCACCUAACUGCUCAUCCUAAGAAGGGACUUGUGAUUGGUUUUUUUCUUGGCAGAUGUCAGAGGUUUUUUUGUUUGUUUGUUUGUUUGUUUUUCUUUCAGCCUGAAUUCUAAGCAACAACUCGGGACUUGGGGUGGGUGGGUGGUGGUGGUGGUGUGCUAAAGUAGUUCCUGCCUCCCUCACCCCCACCCCGGCCCCGGCCCCUGCCCUCCCUCACCCCCUUCCAAAGUACACGGACUCCAGAUGAACACGCCAGGCUGUCGGAGGGACCCCAGUGGGCGUCCGCUCCCGUGCGUCCUCCUGCGAGCGCUCCCCUCCGCCGGCCGGCUGUCUGCGGCGCGCGGACCCGCAGGACUGCGGCAGAGGCCGCCGCGGGUGGGGAGGCCCGGGGGUGUUCCCCUGGCCCGGGAGGUUCAUGCCUUCUCCUUCGGGACUGUAAGACGCAGGGCCCCGUGUCAGCCUGUCGAGUCCAGAGGGGAGGUAUUAAGGAAGAGAUCAGAUUACACCGUUUCCUCUAGGAGCGCAAACACGCACGGGCUUCUCAAAGGUUGAGACCCUGGUUUGGUUUUGUUUUCCUUUACAGAUGACUGUCUUAAACCAUCCUUGGCAGCAAAACUUGUGCUCCGUACAAGAAGCCUUUGGUCUAGGAGGCGGGUCGGGGGCCGGAAUGCUAGCACAGAGCCAGCGUGAAAGCAGAAAACUAGGAUGGGUGGGGGACAUGUAACGUGUGAUGAGUGCCUCUAAUUUUUUUGGUGACUGGGCAAUGCACACCAGAUGAUUUUGUUUUUUUUCCUUUGAAUACAGAUCACCAUGGUGCUACAACUUUUUUUCUUUCUUUUUUUUUUUUUUUUUAAGAACCUGAAAGAGGCAUUUUUAUGAAUAAAGUGACCUUCCCCGAGGCUGAGAAGCCAGGGUCGAUGAGUGUAUUACCGAAUAGCUUUGGAUACUCCUCUGGGGGACCACGUGUACCAAGGAAAGGAUGUCAGGGGCCAGAGGGGACGAAAUCUGGCUUUGCGGAGCGCCGGUGUGGUGUGGCCUUUCCCCAGCUUCCACCCCAGUGCCCACACUCGGCUCCGCACCCCACGACUCCAGGGGCUCUGACACGCAGCCCUGCUCCCGGGAGAGUCAGCCUGUACUACUUGGGAGGGCGAAAGGGAAAUUUGGAAUAAAGAUUCCAAACUGUGGAAAGAGAAAAUUCAAGAGUUGAUUUUAUAUCCUUUCCCUUUCUGACACAGCCUGAAGCCUAGGGGGAACAUGUGUUUAUCUGUGGGAGAUAAACAGGAUGGAGUCCCAAAGACUUUAACAAAAUAUUUUUUUAAAAAUCCACUAGAAUAGAAAAUACAUUAUUUAGAUAUACUUUAUGCUGAGAGUGAGUAUAUAUGCUUGUCCUAUUUAAACUUGUGAGAAAAAAAAAGUGGUAUCCCUUGAUACAUUUAGAAAUAUGGGGGGGGUUAUCUUGUUUCAUUGUGGGGGUGGGGCGAGAGGAUAAUAAAUCGGCCAACGGGGAUGUUACCAGGAAAUGCAAGCCUUGGGGGUUUCUACUGCAGAGGGUGUCACGAACUUUGAACUCCAAAAACCGAGACAGGGAAAAGUGUCAGACCUAUGGAAAACAAAUCAAGCCUUUUUUUGUUUGUUUUUUGCUAUGGCAGGACACGUCAAUAGAAACCAUGCCUUUCAAAAACAAAACCAAUAAAAUGCAAGGAUCAUGUAAUUUGUGAAAAAUUGGAAGCAUUCCAGCACAAUAAGGAUUUUUUUUUUUUUAGUUUUUUGUUUUUAAUGUACAUGUUUAAAAAAGAAGAGGGGUCAUAUUAUGGACAGAUUUUAUGAAUGGGAAUUUGCUAAAGAACUGUGAGCAGUUCUCGAUUAGAGAAAUAUGUGAGUGAAAGGCAUCUGUAAAGGCACGGCACCCUGGAGAGUUGUACCCACGUUGGGAUGUAAUCUGGGUUCCCCCGAUCCAUCUGGAGCGGAUGUUCAGGCUCCACACGUCUGCUCACACGUGGAACCGUGUGAGCGGGACUUGGAACCGUGUGAGUGCGGGUGCCAGCCUCGCAGACGCAAUCAGGCCUGUUCCCCCAGACACCAGGAGCGUCUCUGGAGUGGCAGAGUCUCAUCACAGAAGGCAGCCACCAUUUCACUGAAACAAAAGCUCACAGCAUUGGAUUAUUAUUAUUAUUUUUGCAUUAACUAUUUAUAUACUCGGAGCUCUCAGUACACUCAGUAAUACUCAGUAAUAUUUCUUUUCUUAUUAAUAGUUACAGGCUUGUUGGUCCAGUGGGAUUUGGGUAAGGGGGGGUGGAAAAGACACCUUCUAAAAUGGAUCAAUAGUCAGAACCAAAAUUAUACUGCAUGUUCUAUAACCGCAAGGAAAUCAAACGAUCCUGUAAUGAUUCCAGUUUAGUCAUAACUACAUCAGCAGUGCUAAUUUCAUUUUAGAAAUGGUGACUUCUGUGGUUUUUCUAGCAUUUGUCUCUAACAGAUGAUGAAAUAAUUACUCAUGGCCCUCUCUGCCAUUGUCUUUCAUUUUUCACAGUGAAAUUAGACCCCUUUACUUCACCAUUGUGUCACGACAAAUUAAAUGUAAAAGGAAAAAAGAAAAAAGCAAGACUACCCACACCAGUAGAAAACAUGCUUUUCUACCUAUAAGUGACGUCAUUGUAGGUAGCACUUGCCAUGGAGUUUUCAGGAUGAUUGGUAUCAGACAGUUUUCAUUUUGUCUAAAAAGUGCUGGUGGCCUUUUGUGAUCGUGUUACAACCCUCAAGGGGCUUAGGAGGAUGUCGACGCAACUUUGUAGCAGCUUUUAAUUUCAAAACCAAUUCAGACUCUGAAGGGCAGGUUUCGCUGCCUCUCAGCCCCAGUUAGUCAAACCCCGGCAACCUUUGCCCCGGUUGCCAAGGGCUUUGCAGCGUGAAGCAGGGAAAUAAGGAUCUGUCUGUUUAGUGGAUACCGUGUAUCCUUUACUAGACCAGGUAACAGUCCGUGUUAGUUUAGACUAUUGUUUUGUACUGUACUUUCUUGGGUGGCAGAAGAAAGAAAAGUUAAACGUUAAAAAAGAAAAAAAAAAAAAACUGCGUUCUUUAAAUUCUGUAUUAUUAGCAACCUCUGUUGUAUAUAGUGUUUGAUAAUAAAGUAUUAAUUUGAUUCUUAUGUCUUUUGUAAGUGAGAACAAUAGUCUUUCAGGAUACAAAACAUGCAUUGAGGCUUUGAGACAUCCAAUGUAUUCGUGGCUAAGAAGAGUCACAAGCGGCUGAGACACUGCUCCAUACAGGACUCACGUGUGGUCAUCGCCUUCCCAAUCUUAAGACUCCACCAUCUUGGGACCUGGAACAACAUGACUUUUUUUGAUCGAUAGUUUGUCCUCAAUGUUUUCAAGGUCUGAUGCUGGAGCCCAUGGUGUUUCCCGCCCCCCCCCCCCCCACCCCAGCAUGUUGGUCUGCAAAGGUUUCGGGAAUUCAGUCACGGUUCUGUAUUUUGCUUUGGUUUCCUCUUUGUGAGAGGGUUUUCAUAGAUGACUGUUUCCAUUUUUCUCCGGGAAGAGGCUUGUCACUGUCACGGGCAGCCAAAGCGUGGGAAAGAUUGCAAACCCGUUCCCUUGAGAAGGUUGGCCGAGGGCUCUUCCUCUCUGCGUCACCGGCAAAGGCAGAGCCGCACCGAACCUGUGGAUUUUCAGGGACUUUGGUUUUCUCUGGUGCCUUAGCCACGGCAGCACCCAUUUUUAUUAGUUUACCCAAAUUUUAAAAACAAAAAGCAGUUUAGACUUUCUUCCCUCCAUUCAUUGCUCCCAGAGCUGUGAUCGCUGAUUUUUUUUUUUUUCUUUUGGAAACCACCUCCACGAAAACCCUCAUUUGCCGACAACCCCCCUUUCUUUCUUUAUUUACUUUAUGUUUUGUCUCUCGCCUUCCUCCCACGUUUUGCUUUCCCGCAGAACCGUGAAUGGGCAGGUCCGUCUCUGGUUUGGCAUCACUGAGUUUUUCCCAUGCGUCUGCCCCAGAGCUGCUCGGAUGUGAGACAAAUCUCCUCACGAUGGGCGUGCCCCAUUGUCUGUACAGUGUAAGAGAUGCUGGCAUGAUGGAGGUUCCCCAUGAGUCAGAAUCCGCGCUCCAUGCUUUGCUCGUGACACCGCAUUGAAGCCACUCAUUGUGUGUGCGUCUGGGUGUGAAGUCAGCCCCGUGUGGUCCCGCUUGUACUGCCCGCUCUGCAGCUCCUUGGCACUUACUCAUCGAGUGCUGUUUUGAAAUGCUGACAUUAUAUAAACGUAAAAGAAAAUGUAAAAAAGAAAAAAAAAAAAACAAUACAAAACACACACAGACAAACCCAUAAGAUCUGUAUUUGUAUAUACACGUGUCCGUACAAGUAUACCUAAAUAAAAAUUAAAGAUUUUCAUCAUUUUAA